UUGAAACUUUGGCUUCUCCAAAAAGAUUCAGGAAUCAGGUUUCUCAAUCUCACUCUUUCGCACGGACAUAGUCCUGCAGAUUUCCUAUCUGUUAAUUCAUCCGAACGGUUCUCCCGCCAACUACAAGCUUCAUCAUCAAACCCUUUCUCUCAAUAGAGGCGAUCGAUCCAUCAAUGCUUUCAGCUCUUCAUCAUUGAACAAGCCAUGGAAAACAGUAAGGGUAGUGAAAGGAGGUCGUUAGGUAAAAGGAAGCCGUUCUUUGACACCACCAAUCUUAUUCCCGCCGCCGCCACCAAGUUAUCGUCUACCCUAUCCGAGAAGCCCCAAUUUCUAAGCCCAAUUCGUGAUACACCUGUUCAAUCUAGUCUAUUGACUUCUGAAACCUCUAAAACAUCUACAUCCAAAGUUGAUAGCAAUUCGUCUACAUCAAAUGCUAGCAUUAGGGCAUCUAACUUCAGGACGCCUUCUCGUACCCACCGUUCGACGCCAACUGGCAAGGUGAAUGGAGCUACAAAUGAGAAGCUUAUAGUUUACAGUACAAGAGGGACUACGGCAAAAAGAAAGAAUGGGGCUACUGAUUUAUUUGGAUUUUCACCAGUAUUAAGAACACAGGAUUUAGCGACAGACUUAAAGGGUAAAGGGAAGGCCAAAGCCGCACCAGAUAAUUUCCCUACUAUGCAGAAGAUGAAGGGUAAAGAGAAUGUAACUGCUCUUAAUUUGGAGAAAUCAAAGGGUCUCAGAAGGGAUAAAGAGGAUGUAACUGUGUUGCCUCAUAUUCGCCCUCCUCUGAAGAAACUAAUGACUACUAACACAUAUGAUUUGACAGAAGAAGAUGUCAUUCUUCUGGAAAAUGUUAAAACCAAAAGAAAGGCUAUCUCCACAGCAUAUAGCAGUUCAGCUGAUAAGCCAAUAAUCAAUAAGUUCAGAGACAACUUGAACAAAUCAGAAGAUACAAGUCCUGUGAAGUCACACACGGAGCGCAAAAAGAAGAGGCAGUGGUCGUCAAUGCAGCAGACAGAUAGCGUAACUCCAGAGUAUGAUUUACAAAAGGAAUAUAUUGAGAAGCAGAGAGCCUAUUUCAAAGAAGUUGAUGAGUUCGAAUUGCCAGUGGAAGAGGUAUCUGCUAGGGAUUCUGAUUAGCAGGACAAGAAUGAAUGAAUAUACAGAAGAACUGGCGAAGUAAGUAUGUAAUAACCCUUGUCAAAUUCCUCUGUUAGUAUCUGCUGGGGAUUCUUUUUAUGGAAUGUUUAUUUCAAUGCUUAUCACAAGUGAUUCAUUAUAUAUAGUUUGUCGCACGUUUGUGAGACCAUUAGAAAGUUUUAGGAUUUGGGAUUAUGGUACAUUGAGAUGUAAAUGCAAUAAGUCACAAAUGUAGCAAUAGAAUAGCUGUUUUCAUUUA